CAAGGGUCACUUCUCAACCGCACACUAGCCACACCUAGAGUUUUGGUUUCUAUAUGCAUCGUAUGAUAUUAGAAGAGUGAGAAUAAUAGCGAGGAUCUAAAGUAUCUCAUGUUAUAAAAAUGAACUACUUCAAGCGGCGUCUCUCCCAUAAGCCACGCACAGCAGCUGCGAGGAAGCCCGAUAGCCGAUUUGAAAAUGUCGACCUCCUUAAAUUGUUGAUGGAUAAAACUGAAAGGAAGAUUUCAGGUCGAUUUUCUGUUUCACCUGAGCGACACCCAAGCCCAAGGAGUUCCUCAGAUCGAAACCCAUCGGAAGCCUAUGGUUAUUCUACAACUUCCUCUACUUCAUCUAUGGGAAGCGACCAUGGGAAUACCUUUGAAUCGUCACUAUCUACUCUCGCGACGGCAGCUUCGCUUCAUCAAGCGCCUAUGUGCCCGGGGAUAACAGUUCCAGGAAAUAUGUCUCCGGGUUUUCCAAGGGGCUCCUUCGACAACACCCAAGAUUCGAACUUUCAUAAACCAUAUGUCGAACUAGUGGUCGAACGUAGGGCCGGAUUAAAAGCUCUAUUUCAGGAACCAGUUCGACUAAGGCCACAUUCAACAUCCCUUUCGGGCGACUCGGUUCGCUUAGAUGCCUUUCCAAAUUAUCCCUACUCACCUAACUCCGCUCCCGAGAACUCCUUAUCUACUCUACCGAGUGUAAGAAAUAGCCGCCCUCAGAACUCCGAGUGUGGCAGACAUGAUCGGCCUGCUAGUACCGAAUUCCAGGCUCCUCAAGCCAAUACACCGAAUGUACGAGCCCUUACGGUAUCGGCUCAGGUCAAAUUAGACGCCGAAACAGCGAGUAGGACUAGCAGCGAGACAGAUAGAGAUAUGCAGGCCAUGGACCCGCGAGCUCAGAAAGUUGCUUUAUCUUUGAUAUUUAUGUAUCAAGCUCGAAUGAGGGGUGAACCUGUGCGAAACGAGGCUGAUAGCGAGGAGUGGUAGAAAAUGACAAGAACCUUCCGAUAGAUAUUUCUAAUUCAAUGUUUAAUACUUCUUCGGGUAGCGGCGUUGUUAGGAUUCAGUUAGUCAAAGAGUCAACGGGGGGAGUCGGUAUUUGAAACUGUGAUACCACAAUACUAACGAGCUGAGAGAUUACGCCAA